AUGCCUGCACCAUCUGCCUCGGUCGAAAUCCCCACAACGUCUACAGUUGCGCUUCAGAAACACUGUGGGACAGAGUCACCCCAGCCCAUUGCACCAAAAGCGACAGGGGGCAUCUCCUCAACCCAGCGAACACAAUCCUUUGCUCCGACUGGCAACGCAAGGCCGGAUGCAGCAGCACAUCUCACGACUCCAAACACGAGUGCUCCGGUUGCGGAAAGCCGACUCACGGAGCUCAGACGUGCCCUCGAGGGCAAAAAGCUUAAUUCGGGGUCACCCUACAAGCCGGAAGCAUGGAGGCAGCAUCUGGAGCGGGCUGGGCUUACCGGAAAGUACCCAAAUAUCCCAAGCGACCUUCAGCGGGGAUUUGACGCAGGGAUUCCUGUCAUCCGCACCACAUUCACCCCACCAAACAAACAAUCCGUUGCAGACUUCAUCACAAAAGCAGAGACAGAAGCCCUCCUGGGUCCAUUCCAGACGUCUCCUCUCUCUCUCAUUCCUAAACCCGCACAGCUGGGAAAGUAUCGUAUCAUACAAAACCUCUCGCAUCCGCAUAAGCCCACCAGCAAUAUCACAUCUAUUAACAGUGCCAUCGACUCAGACCGCUUCCCAUGCACAUGGGGAACCUUCUCUGUCGUCUGCCUGCUCAUUGCGUGCCUACCACCCAGUUCGCAAGCAGCAGUGCAAGACGUCAAGGAGGCCUAUAGAACCAUACCACUCAAGCCAUCGCAAUGGCCAGGCAUUGUCGUCCGCCUUCGAGGAGAAGAUAAUUUCGCCAUCGACACCCGAAACUGCUUUGGACUCGCAUCAGGAGCAGGCUGCUAUGGGGCAAUUGGAGACACUGGGGCCCAACUCAUGUGGGCCAAUGGAAUCGGCCCACUCUCAAAAUGGGUUGACGAUCACCUGUUCUUUCGAAUACGUCGAGAGCACCUCUCAGCGUACAAUGACCAGCAUAGCCAAUGGGCAGCCGACAUCCGGGAGAACAGAGGGGAACUGCAUGAUAGAGGAAGACUCUGGUUCUGUGGGCAGCUCAUGCCCAACGGAAAGCCAGAAGAGUUCGACGAGGACGUCUCCUUUCCAAUCAGAGAUCUCUUGCAGGCAUCUCCAAGAUCGGAGGAGGAGCGGAGAUUCACUUACUGCAUGUCAGACAUUGACGCAAUAUGCAAUGAGCUCGGGAUUCCUUGGGAAACCGAAAAAGACGUACCAUUCCAGUCAGUCAUCCCAUUCAUCGGUUUCCUCUGGGACCUGGAUCAGCGAGAGGUCGCUCUUGCAAGCGCAAAGCAGGAGAAGUACCUCAAGGCUAUUCGGGAAUGGGAGACGAGGAAGGAGCACAACCUUGAGGAGACGCAAAAGCUUUAUGGAAAGCUACUCCAUGCAUGCCUUGUGGUUCCAGCAGGACGUGCAUAUCUCACCAGCUUGGAGGCCCUCAUGGCAACCUUCCAUGAUCAUCCUUUCAUGCCACGUACCCCACCAAGACAUACUACAAGCGAUCUACAAUGGUGGAAAGAGAAACUCCAACAACCCCAGAUCAUCCAGCCCAUCCCAGGCCCAGUCCCAAUCAUCGACCUUGCAGCGUAUUCGGACGCUAGCUCAAAGAUCGGCAUUGGGAUUACCAUUGGAAACAGGUGGCGCGCCUGGUGUCUGCUUCCAAAUUGGAAAGGUGAGGGCAGAGACAUUGGAUGGGCAGAGGCUGUUGGCUUCCUCUUCCUCGUCAUUGCGCUCGGCAACACUUACCGCCACCCUGGCAUCCAUUGCCUGGUCUACGGCGACAACCAAGGAGUCGUCGAGGGAUGGUGGAAAGGACGCAGCAGAAACUGGCCAAGCAACCUUAUCUUCUGCGAUAUUCACUCAAUCGCGGAAGAGAACAAGUUUGUCAUCCACACCCAGUAUGUACCUAGCAAAGAGAAUCCGGCUGAUGGACCCUCUCGCGGCGAAUACGGCCCACCCACCCACCUUCUUGCCGCCUUCGAAAUCCCAGUCAACCUCAGGCCAUACAUCACAGACUACGACACACCUCUUUGCUCAACUGAGCUCCGCACCAGCAGUGUAGAACCACAGACGAAGGCCAGGCACAAUGUGAGGAAGAAUUCACUGCCCAAGCGGAAGCAGAGCGAUAAGCGCAACCGCUUUGUGCCAGCAAAUCGCAGCAUCCAAGAGGUGGACACAGUGCACCCCACCUGCCCACCAGCACCAUACCAAGAAGCACUUACUCCACAUUUCUCACCGCAACGUCCCCAUGUGCUCGCACGAGAACGGUUGAUGUGUUGGAAGCCAACCACCCCACGAAAUGUCCUUGACGGUAAUGGCCAUCCCACCAACCUAACCGAAGCCGACCUCCGCAGAAUCCUGGAGGUAAUGGAGGGUGCAUGGGCGGAAGGCACGCGAGAGGGCUAUGGGUCAGGCCUGCUAGUAUACCACGUAUUCUGCGAUCAGAAAGGGAUCAGCGAAGAGCAACGGGCACCUGCGUCUCCCAUCCUCAUUGCCUCGUUCAUUGCUACUAUCACAGGCGCAUACGCGGGAGGCACCAUUUCCAACUAUGUCUUUGGAGUGAGAGCCUGGCACCUUCUUCAUGGGGUCUCAUGGCGGAUGAAUUCUAGUGAGCUUGAGACACUCUUGAAGGCAGCUGCGAAGGCAGCCCCAGCCUCAACAAAACGGAAGAAGAGGCUACCAUACACAAAAGAGUUCAUGCUGGCUAUUCGCGACAAGCUGGACCUUGAAACGCUGCUGGAUGCCGCCAUCUAUGCAUGCCUCACAACAACCUUCUGGUCAGCCGCAAGACUUGGAGAGUUCACAGUUAAAAACCUCACAGACUUCAAAGCUACGCACCACGUCAAACCAUCAGACGUAAUAACCACCAUGGAUGCCAACGGUUUGACGACGACAGCCUUUCACAUCCCAGUUACAAAAACGGAGCCAAUCGAAGGCGAGGAUGUGUCCUGGUCCAAACAGAAUGGGGAUACUGACCCAGCAGCUGCCCUCGACAAACAUCUCUCAGUCAACAACCCACCAAAGGAGGGCCCGUUGUUCACUUACCGCACCGCCAAGGGCUACAACACACUUACAAAACCCAAAUUCCUGCAGACGCUAGCCAAGGCCGCUCAAGCUGCAGGUCUGGACCCGCUGCAAGGUCAUGGCAUUCGCAUCAGCUCAACCCUCGAGUACCUCCUACGAGGCAUACCUUUUGAGGUAAUGAAAGUCAAGGGCUGCUGGGCCAGUGACGCUUUCCUCACCUAUCUGAGGAAGCACACACAAAUCCUUGCCCCAUACAUGCAAGCCAAUCCUCUCCGCCACGACGAAUUCAUCAGGCUGACCAUGCCACCCAUCCGCCGCGGCUAA